AUUUGGACCCAAAAAAGUUCACAUCUGGUGGGAUGUUCGGAGUGGGGACUUCCUCUUUGAUACCUCACGGACGCUAUAGAAACAGACUGAGCCCAAACUCCAAGGAAACGGUGACCUUCAGGGAUGUGGCCGUGGAGCUCUCGGAGGAAGAAUGGAAAUGUAUGGACCCUGCCCAGAAGGACCUGUACAGAGACGUGACUCUGGAGAGCUUCAGUCACCUGCGCUCACUAGGACUUGUCUUUUCUAAGCCUGAGGUCAUCCUCUUAUUGGAGCAGGGGAAAGAGCCAUGGAUGGUUACAGAUUAUAUGACAAGACCUUGGCAGCCAGGCGUGGCAUCGAGGGCUGAUGGAGUUCCACAGCAAGGACUUUUGGAAAUAGAGUCCUUUAAAAGGGAGGAAGUGAAGAGCUUUCAGAGCUGUGGCCUUGAGGACUCCCAUGGCACGGAGGACUGGGCAUGCAGAGACCAGUUUGAGAGACAGCCAUGGAGUCAGGAGUGCCAUCUCAAGCCAGUGGAAAUCCCCUAUGGAAGCAUGCCUGCUUUCAAGCCACGCACAUCCGCUGCCCUGUUACAUCAGAGCCGCAGGACUCAAGAGAAACUGCUUGAACGCAGCGACUGCAGGAAAGCCUUUAGCCAGGCUGUGCAGCACCAGAAGACUCCUGCUGCUGAAAAGCCUUUUGAGUGUAAGGAGUGCGGGAAGGCUUUUGGGCGAGCCUCACACCUCGUUGAGCAUCAGAGAAUCCAUACGGGUGAGAAACCCUAUGUUUGUAAAGACUGCGGGAAGGCUUUUUUUCGUAGUUCCCAGCUGACUGUGCACUGGAGAACUCACACAGGGGCUAGGCCCUAUCAGUGUAGAGACUGUGGAAAGACCUUCAGACAGCACUCGCAGCUCACCAUGCACCAGCGAAUCCACACCGGGGAGAAGCCCUACAAAUGUAAGGAGUGUGGGAAGGGUUUUAUCUAUAGCUCAGCAGUCACUCGCCAUGAAAGAAUUCAUUCUGGGGAAAAACCUUAUGAAUGUAAGGAAUGUGGGAAAGCCUUCAGACAGCACGCACAGCUCAAGCGACAUCAGACCGUUCAUACUGUUGACAGACCCUUUGAAUGUAAGGACUGCGGAAAGGCAUUUAGUCGGGGUUCAUACCUCAUUCAACAUCAGAGAAUUCACACAGGGGACAAGCCUUAUGAAUGUAAGGAGUGUGGGAAAGCCUUCAUUCGUGUUUCCCAGCUGACUCACCACCAGAGGACCCACACCUAUGAGAAACCCUACAUAUGCAGGGAGUGUGGUAUGGCUUUCAUUCGCAGCUCACAGCUGACCGAACAUCAGCGAAUUCACCCUGGUAUCAAACCUUAUGAAUGUAGAGAAUGUGGGCAGGCCUUUAUCCAUGGCUCACAGCUCAUCAACCACUACCAACAAAUUCAUGCUGGAGCAAAGCCUUAUGAGUGCAGUGAGUGCGGGAAAAUGUGUCGUUCCACGGCUGGCUUUGUUCAGCAUAUGAGGAUUCACACUGGGGAGAAGCUACAUCAGCGCGUCGAGUGCGGGAAGGCCUUCAAGCGCAGUUCUCACCUCACCCUACGACACAAGGUGACACACUCUGCAGAGAAGCCUUUCCUGUGCAAAGAAUGUGGGAAAGUUUUUUGCUACAGCUCUUCGUUUGUUCAGCAUAUGAAGAUUCACACCGGAAAGAAGCUGUACGAGUGCGGCCAGUGCGGGAAGUCCUUUAUUCAGUCCUCCACAUUGGUGAAACACAAGAGAACCCGUACUGGAGAGAAGCCCUAUGAGUGCAAGGACUGUGGUAAAACCUGCACCACAGCAUGACCCACACCGGGGAAAACCCUUCGUGUGCAAAGAAUGGGGGAAAGCUUUUGUGUCAGCUCAUCCUUCAUGCAGCACUUGAGGAUCCACACUGGAGAGAAGCCUUAUGUUUGCAGAGAAUGUGGGAAAGCCUUUUACUAUAGCUCCUCCUUCAUCCGACACAUGCGGAUCCACACUGGAGAGAAGCCUUAUGUUUGCAGAGAAUGCGGGAAAGCCUUCACUCAACCUGAAAAUUUUCUCCGGCAUAGUAGGAUCCAUACUGGAGAGAAACCCUUCGAAUGCACAGUGUGUGAGAAGGCUUUUUAUGACAGCUUUUCCUUGAUUAGGCACAUGAGAACUCACACUGGAGAAAAGCCCUUUGAGUGCAGUGAAUGUGGGAAGACCUUCAGCCAUAAUUCAUCCUUUAUUCAACACCAAAAGAUUCAUACCAGGGUUUAA